ACCACCUAUUUUUUUUUUUUUUCUCCAAAGAGCUACCACCUAAUUGACUCAAUCAACGUCACCCAUCCGCUCUUCCUCAGCCUCUCUCAGCCAUGGAGCAGAUCAAACAAAACCAUGUCGAAGUGAAUGGAUUAAAACUGCACGUCGCAGAAAUUGGCAGUGGUCCGAAGGUCGUAUUAUUCCUUCAUGGAUUUCCAGAAAUCUGGUACACAUGGAGGCACCAAAUGAUUGCUGUCGCUAAUGCUGGCUACCGAGCAAUAGCUAUUGAUUUCAGGGGCUAUGGAUUCUCUGAUCAGCCACCUGAGCCAGAGAAAGGAACCUUCAUGGACCUUGUUGGCGAUGUACUGGCCCUUCUCGACACUCUAGGCAUCAGUAAGGCUUUUGUCAUCGCAAAGGAUGCUGGAGCUUUUCCGGCAUACCUACUUGGCGUCCUCCACCCCAACAGGGUGUCUGCUCUUGCAACGUUGGGCAUUCCUUUUAUGCUACCAGGUCCUAAUGGCAUCCCAACUCAUCUUAUGCCCAAGGGUUUUUACAUAGCAAGGUGGCAGGAGCCCGGAAGAGCUGAAGCAGACUUUGGCAGGCUAGACGUUAAGACAGUGAUAAAGAAUAUUUACAUUCUCUUCUCUGGAACUGAGCCACCAACAGCUAAAGAUGAUACUCAAGAAAUUAUGGAUUUGGUUGAUGCUUCUACUCCUUUACCUCCAUGGUUCUCAGAAGAAGAUCUUGCAGUUUAUGCAUCUUUGUAUGAGACGUCUGGAUUUCGUUUUGCUUUACAGGUUCCAUACAGGAAUUUAAACGUAGAUUGCGGAAUUAAGGAUCCAAAAAUCACAGUUCCAUCAUUAUUGAUCAUGGGUGAGAAGGACUAUGUUAUGAAGUUCACGGGUGUGGAAGAUUUCAUUAGGAGUGGGAAAGUGAAGGAAUUUGUGCCUGAUUUAGAUAUCAUCUUUGUUGAAGAUGGGAGCCAUUUUGUUCAUGAGCAACUCCCACAGCAGGUGAACGAAAUCCUCAUCAACUUCCUCAACAAACAUAGUAAAUGAAAAGGAUGCUCUAAUAGAACCUGAUGUGUUCCUAUGUUAUCCUUUGAGAAAAUAAAGUAUCCUUAGUGCUGUCUGUCGAGAAAGGGAGUUUUUCUUUUCUUUUCUUUCUUUUUCGGUGUCUUUUAUGGAAAUUACAACAUCUUUUUUGGAA